UUUUGUAAUAAUUCCGACCAGAUAAACCGAUAUUAUUGUCUUUCUUCCGCUCCUUGUCUCUCUCUCUCUCUCAAUUAGAUUCUGUGCUUGUGCGAUCAGCUAAGAUCCGAUCCGCGACGAAGAAACACGUUUCAGCUCUGAUCAGAUCCGAUUAAGGGAUAAGAAAACCGGGUUCGGGUCAUGACGCGUCGAUGCUCUCACUGCAAUCACAAUGGCCACAACUCUCGGACAUGUCCCAAUCGUGGGGUGAAGCUUUUUGGCGUUAGGCUCACCGAAGGUUCGAUCCGGAAAAGUGCUAGUAUGGGUAAUCUUAGCCAUUACACGGGCUCUGGAUCGGGUGGGCAUGGAGGAAACGGGUCGAAUACUCCUGGUUCUCCCGGUGAUAACCCUGACCAUGUCGCUGGCGAUGGUUACGCUUCUGAGGAUUUCGUUGCUGGCUCUUCCUCUAGCCGCGAGAGAAAGAAAGGAACUCCAUGGACAGAGGAAGAACACAGGAUGUUCUUAUUAGGUUUACAGAAGCUGGGAAAAGGAGAUUGGCGAGGUAUCUCUAGAAACUAUGUGACUACAAGGACACCAACACAAGUUGCUAGCCAUGCUCAAAAGUACUUCAUUAGGCAAUCCAAUGUGUCUCGUCGCAAAAGACGUUCUAGUCUCUUUGAUAUGGUUCCUGAUGAGGCAGGAGAUAUUCCAAUGGAUUUGCAAGAACCAGAAGUAGAGAACAUUCCCGGGGAAACAGAAAUGCAGAGUGCUGAUUCUGUUCAUCAGACACUUGCUCCUAACUCCCUUCAAGCACCAUCGAUCUUGGAAAUCGAAGAAUGUGAAUCCAUGGACUCAACAAACUCUACCAUCGGCGAACCAACCGCAACCGCAACCGCUGCUGCUGCUUCUUCUUCUUCUUCCAUACUAGAAGAAACCAGACAACUGCAAUCACAACCGCAACCGCAACUUCCAGGCUCAUUCCCCAUUCUAUAUCCAGCCUACUUCUCACCGUAUUACCCGUUUCCAUUCCCGAUAUGGCCUGCUGGUUACGUUCCUGAACCAACCAAGAAAGAGGAAACACAUGAGAUUCUCCGACCAACUGCUGUUCACUCAAAAGCUCCUAUCAAUGUUGAUGAGCUUCUCGGUAUGUCUAAGCUCAGCCUUGGAGAGACCAACAAGAAUGGAGAAUCCGAUCAGUCUCUUUCGCUGAAGCUCGGUGGAGGUUCGUCUACAAGACAAUCAGCAUUUCAUCCGAACCCUAGCUCUGAUAGUUCAGACAUCAACAGCGUGAUACAUGCACUCUAAGGAUUUGCGGAAGUGACUGUCCAAAGUGGAAAUUUGCAGGCAAAUCUCUUGUGUUCGGGUUUGGGGGUUUACAGGUUAGUUCUUGGUUACAGUAACUUAAAUAAGAUUUGCUUUGUUAGGUUUGUUUAACUGCUUAGGGUCUUUUAGUUCAGCUUUGAUUAUUAGGGAGAAAAAGAAAAAGAAAAGAAAAAUGGAAAAAUCAAAACAUUUUUUUUCUUACAAUUUUCUUUGCAAUGUAUGCUUUUAUUUUGGCUUUAGGAUGCGUUAAUUCUCUCGUUUAUUUGUGUACUAAUUAGCUCUGAAUAAAUAAAAGUCAGUUGUUUAUCGUCUGACCAAACUAUA